AUGGUUCCGAAUGACCAAACACCUCGGGUGCUUGACAUCAGCAGCAGCAUUGCCUGCUGGCAGUUUGUGGAGAUCGACGCCGAGUAUGAGCGCUGCGUACUGAAGGCCUUUCGUGCGACUGCGGAGAACUGGCUCGGCCCACUCACAACCCUGGACGUGCUGCGGCAUGUCCGCAGCAUGCUGGCGGAGGCAUCUGACACUCGGCGCGAAUUUGCGGCACACCUUGCGAUACAGAUCGCGCCGACAGUGGCUGGCGGCUCUUAUUAUAGUGCUAUGGAGACAUUCAUGUGGGCGCUGCAGAAGCUUAGCAGUGAUGCCAGCGUGGAUCCCCGCACGCAAGCCGUGGCUGUUCGUGGUUUUGAGGUUUUCAAAGCUCUACCUCACUCGACAGAUCUCUACGAGUUGUUGUUAGAGCAGUAG